UGGCCGAGGCACGCCUUCUGCGCUGGGCCUAAUUCUGCUGGUCCUAUCGGAGAUGGCCACUUCUCUUCCUCGCCUCGUGGAGUUGUUACCGCCUGAAGCACUGGCGCUCUCCCCACAGCACUGGCACAGGCUCCUCUGGUUGGUGCGGCUGGCAGAUGUGGGCGUGUCUGGGCGUGGCUCUGGCGUGUCACGUGACGUCCUGACGUCACACCUGGCCUUGCACUGGCACUGGCUGGAGGACAAGUUGGCGGACCUCUUGGAGCAUGUACAGAGAACCGUGCCCCGUGUUGCCAUGGCGACGGACGAGCUGCAUCGCAUGUGGUCAGGGGACGACGCCACGGCCAAGCUGUACGGCAAGCGGCUGGCGACCUUCGGACACCCUCGACCUUUCCUGACCCAGCGCCAGGCUGACCUGGUGGCCAGACUGACUGACAUUGUGCUCCGACUGACCUCAGGGGGAGUGAUGACGUCACAGUGGUCCAAUGCACAGGUUAAGACUUUGCUCCAAGUGGAUACUCCCAUGAAAAGACUCAUUAUGCAACUGGCUGAGAAGAUCUCAAGAGAUGAGGAAGAUGUUGCUCAAGACUUCAGUGAGCUCCUAGCUACCCUGUCAGUGAGAGGCCUACUCCCUGAUCGUGCUGGUGUUGCCAUGGAGAUGGAUGAUGCUGGCGGGGAUGCGACGGACAGUGGCACAUGUCGUGUGGUAGAAGCGGAUGUGACUUGUGUGGGCCAGAGGGCUCCCUUGUGGCCACUGUUUGAACAUAUGGCUGCUCUCGUUCAGCUGUGCUUUACUGUUGGCGGUCUGAGUGAUGACCUGAGGUCAGCUGCUGGGGAGGACGACGAACAGCUGAGGGAAUAUCUCCUGACCCACACCUCCCAGGGACUGGACGUUUGUGUCAGGCGUUCUACCGCCGAGACUGACUCUCAGGUGCAAAGUUUUCUCAAGCUUCAGGAUGUUUUUGAACUGCUGUGGGCGUGCAAAGCUUCACAUAACCCAACUCUCUGGCUCAACUGGAGUGGGCAAGACGAAGAACCAUCUUUUGAAAAAGAAGACCUUGGUCCGGCAUUCCUGCACCAGCCCUCGUUGUCCCGAUCGGCCAUGACAGUGCUGGCGAGCGGGCCGAGGCUGAGGACUGUGACGGACUUACUUCCCCUGGAAGUGCAUCUGGGUCAGCUGAAGGAGGAGCGUCUGAGUGUGUCGGGCGUGGCGAGACACGUGUGGUGCCACGGUCCUGUUCUGGGAUGUCAGACCUACGACGUCAGGCAAACAGAACUGCAUCUGCUGUGGUUCUCCUUCAUCAAACUGCUGCGCCUCCUGCAGCUGUACGCGCCUCCAGAACAACAGGCUGCCUGGGUUGCCAUGUCAACACAGCUAGACGCCUACACCCCAUCAGCCGUUCAGAAUAACCAAAUAUGGGAGCAUAUCCUCCAGACAGUAGACAAUGACAACUUGCUGGGCUCGAUGACCAGCCUCAGAUCCGCAUCCACGGUGCGCUGCUGUAUUGACGCGGUGCGCAAAGCGUGUGGGGAAGGCAGUGCCAAAGGACGUGAGAGGGAGAGGUCAGCAGAUGUCGGGCGUGCUAUGGCACUGACCGGGCUGCUCCAGGCUCACAUGUUGGCCCCGCGUGGACCGGUGGAUCCUGUGGAGAAGGCUGGCCUCAAACUGCAGCAUGUUCUGAAUGAGACUGAGGAGAUUGAUGUCCGUUUAUCCACCUGGGACAGCUAUUUGACCUUCAGAUGUGGGCGGAGCUUAGCUGACACGCCCACUGAGCAUGUUCAUCCUGAGAUCCGACGUCUACGUGACAGGAGGGAACAGCUGGAAAAGACUCGGGCGAAGCUGGAGCAGAGGAAGGCGUACAGGCCUGAGCCUUCACAGUUCAAAGAGUUGUGCCAGUCUGUGAGUGGGUUCCUGGACAGUAGUCUAUCGCUGUCUCGCCUUACGGAUCUGACUCACAAACUGUCGUCAUUCACCCGCGACGACCUUCCAACGGCAGAGACAACACUGACAACUGCCCUGCAGGAGGAGAAGGUGUGGCAGGACAGUGCGCAGCGUUUCCUGCGUCAGCUGAAGCAAAAGUUCCCGCUGUAUCGCGACUUGCUGUGCCCUGUGCACCUUGCAAUACACCAGGUGAAGUAUGGGCUGAGACUAAUGGCCCAUCAUGUGGAGUGUGAGCUCAAGUCAAGGAAGCUGGGUGGAGUGCUCACCCUCAACAGACUGGUGGUCAGCCUAUGCAGCUUCCCCAGCGUCAAUGCCGUGACCCCUGACCUCUUGACCCUGGCCACCCAGCUGUCUCUGACCUCCACUCACAACAGCCUGGCCUCAGUGUUCCACACAGAGGAGAUCCAGAAAGGUGGCACUGGUGCUGUCAAUGUGCCACUGGACGCGGUCAAAUCAAGGUUGCUGAUCUGUGUGCUUUGGCUGAUGAGGGCUCACUGCUCCAGUAGCCAGCGCCUGGACGCCCGACUGACCGCUGGGCUUUUCCGGGUGUUUGACCUCUUCGCUCAGGCGUGGACGGCCCAGGAGAAUCGUCGCCGGCAACGGGAGGCUGAGAAGGCUGCGCUGUUCCGUUACAAGGAGGAGACCCAUGGCGACGAGAGGUCAGAGGCAGAGAGAGAGGAGGCCGAGUUUAAGGCUGCUUAUCCGACGUUUGACAAAGAUUUCGUGGACGUGACAGGGGCGGACCGGCUAGAAGAUGUUGGACAGGAGGCCGAGGUCCCAGCUGAAGACCAGCGAGUUGUGUCCCUUGAGGAAAUCUCCAGCGCAGAGAUUGUCACGGCCUGCCGAAUCCACCAGGAACUGUUCACGUCCCUGACCUCUGCCCACUGGCUGACCGACCUCCCUCGGGGUCAGGGGUUGGUGCAGUGUGACCUCCUCUCCCCGGCUCUUUUGGCCUAUCAGCUGGGCUCGGAGCUGGUCAAACGACACUACAGUUUGCUGGGUUGUGAGGCUGACCGUGAGAUCAUGGGUUCUCACCUACUAGUAGCUGGGAGCAUGUCUCAGUAUCUGGAGUCUUUGGACUCAAAUUCUGUGGAACAGCAGCUACUUCCACCAUCAUUCAGCUGUGGCAAGGCAAAGAAAAGCUACAACUUCUACUACGAUACCAACAUUCAGGAAGUGAUGAAAUGCCGACCAGUGAUUGACGGCCUCCGUGUCCGAGUGGAUGAACUUCAGAAGGAGUGGCCCCAGCACCCCACUCUUAUCCUGUUGCAGCAGGUCAUGACCCGUAUCCUGUCCUUCCCCGUCAGCUGUCCAGUGGUCAAGUUCCUCACAGGGCUGGAGUUGCUGCUGGAAAAAGCUCAGGAGUGGGAGAGUAACGCUGCGUCGCACGUGUCGCUGUCUGUGUGGUUGACGGAGAUCACCAGGGUCAUCGUGCAGUGGAGGAAGCUGGAGUUGAGCUGUUGGAACAGUGCUCUAGACACAGAGGAGGAGAACUGCAAGGUCAAGGCCACACAGUGGUGGCUCCACCUGUAUCAGCUGACUUCUGAUCACCUGGCUGGUCGACUGACAGAGCCGGCAGCAGACGGUCAGGAGGAUUCCAGUCAAGACAUUCUGACCUCACUGAAGAAGUUUAUGGAGAGCUCCACACUAGGGGAGUACACAGUGAGGCUAGGGAUGCUGCAGGCCUUCCACUGUCAGCUGCUCAAUAUGGAGGCUUCGGAGAACCAACGACAACUGAUGCACAUGUUGUGGAAUGUGAACCGGUUCUACGGGCAGUUUGAGGAGGCUGUGCUCACCCAGAUCAAACAGCUGAGGGCACCCAUAGAGAAACAACUCAAGGGUUUUGUGAAGAUUGCCCGCUGGAGUGACAUGAACUACUGGGCCCUGAAGAGUUCCACCGAGAAAACACAUCGCACGGUGCACAAACACAUCAAAGAGUAUCAAGCGGUGCUGAGACAACCGGUGCAGAGUCUGCUGGGAGACAAGGGAGACAACCUGGUAGUUCAGGCCGUGGAGCAGAGUUCUGGAUUCCCGCUGAAAGACAAGAUCGCUGCCUUCACCUCCACACUUUUGAAGCAAAUCGACAGUGUGAAAGAGGCUGCGUCUACGAAGGACCUCACCCAAGGUCAGUCGGAAGAGUUGCCUCUCUUGUCGCGGUUGCCAAGGUUGUUUGGUCGCCUCAGAACACAUGUGAAGAAGUCGCUGAAAUCGUCACCUUUGAUGGGAAUGGUGGUGACUUUUGACGAGUUUUGUGGCGACCUGAUCCAAGAAAUACACGACCUUCAAGGCCUGCAGGUGGACAUGAGUGCUGAGAAAGACAAGCAAAAGUCAGAGGCAAAAGCCAUUGACAUGCGCAAGAGAAAGGGGCUGGCGGAGCUUUUCAAAUACUUGACUCUGAUUGGUCUUUCAUACCGGAAAGGAAUGACAAAAGGUGUUGACUCUGCCUUAAUGAAGGCUCUGGAAGUUGCUCCGCUGGAUUUAGACAGCCAUCAGAAAAAUUCGACCGGUGGAUUAUGGAGCGGGUGCCAGAACUACUACUAUCGCUGCAUCUCCAGACAUGCUCAGUUCCUCAGUGCCAUGCACUCGCCUUCCAAGGAGCUGACUAUGGCCGACAUACAGCGGUGCACCGGCUACGUGGAAUAUUUCUCCAAACUGUACAUUGAGCACCGGAUGACCCUGUCGGAGGUCGCAGGUCAUUUCAUGACACUGAGAAAACUGAUGUCAGCUUUGGAAGGCCUGAAUGUCUCUUCUUUACCUCCUCAAACAGAAGCCUUCCUCUGGGUGAAUCGAGUGAAACAAGUGACCACUCAGCUGUCACAGGCCCUGGCCCAGUUCUCCCUGGUGUUGCAGUCGUGUCCAGGAGUGACCCCCGGGCAGCAGCAGCAGCAGGCCGCCGGUCAAGUUGGUUGCCCCCACCCCUCCCCCAUCCCAGCGGAGAAACUGGCCGAGAGCUGUGGGUGGGUGAAGGGAGAGCUGGAGUGGGAGGCAUGCUGGGCUCAAGUACAGAGUUUGACACUCAAAGUGCAAGAACAGCAAACAUCAGUUGACAAAAUUUUGGACUUGACACUGAUCGGAUGGUCGGAUGUGUCUGUUCUGAAGUCAACAUUAAACUGUUACAACAAUUUCUCUGAACCUCUGACCACCAUCUGCACUCAGUUCUCCUCUAGUCAAAAUGAUCAGUCAAGUCCUUUCACAUCCUCACUCUCCUAUGUUGUGACUGAGAUAAAAUCGACAACCGCUCGUUUCUCAGAAUGGCUGGGAGACAUUCACUAUAACCAGGUGAACACUCGCAGUGCCUCCAAAGUAGGUGCUGGUGGUGGUGGUUCAGUGGCAGGCAGAAGAAGUGCCCGGGGUAAGACUGAUGAUGGGGUUUCUUCCGGUCGACAGAGUGGCUCGGACAGUUCGGCAGAUAAAAGCGCAGAGAUUGUCGGAGAGUUCUUGAAGAAGACGGAGACUUUGGUGGAGUCUGUGCUGCUGAGUGUGCAGGGUGUGGUGCAGAUUGAGGCAGAGGUUGCCGCUGCUAGUGUUGCUGCUGCUGCUGCAGGUGGUGAUGGGACGGCUGAACAGAGCUCAGAUGCCGCGACGGAAGGCCAAGACGCAGAAUUACAAGAGGCGCACCUCACCAAACAUUUGCUGGACAGAGAGACGCACCUGGUCAGUCAGCUCCGCUGUUCACAGACUCUGAGCAAACUGCAGGACCUCAUCACUGACCUCAAGGGGGCCACAGACCAGCCGCACGAAGUGGCACCGUGUCACAUGACCUGUGCGGAGGCUUUGUGCCAGGUCCAGCCCCUGCUGAAGACGUACACCGCGGCUGUGGAGAGACAGCUGGGCUGUGGGGUGCUGCUGCACCGAGCUAUGGGCAAGCUGCUGUCUGUGCUGUUGGCUGUCUUCACAGAGCUGGCACAGAAGGGUUUCUGCAUUCCCCCGGAACUGAGUGAGGAGAUGGAGGGUGAGGGAGCGACAGAGUUUGUGGACGCGGAGGGAGGAGGACUCGGAGAGGGACAGGGAGCUAAGGAUGUCAGCGACCAGAUCGAGUCGGAGGAUCAGUUGGACGAAGCGAAACAAGCCGGCGAGAAACAGCAGGAGGACGACGGAGACCAGCCGGACAUCGACGCUGAGGACAACGCCAUUGAGAUGUCGGACGACUUUGGCGGGAAGCUCCACGACAUGGAUGCCACAGAUGAUAAGAAUGAUGAAAAUGACGAUGACAAGAAGGAAGAAGAGGAAGAUAUGGAGAGACAGAUGGGUGAUGCUGACGGAAACCAGGAGGAGAGAUUAGAUGAGAGGAUGUGGGGAAGCGAUGAUGAAGAGAAUGUGGAUGAGGAAAAAGAAAACAAAGAUGAUGAAGGGGGAGGUGGAAUGGACAAGAAGGAGGAAGAGAUGGUGGCAAAGGACGAUAACAAAAAUGCUCCCGAGGCUAACCAGGAGGAAGACAACGAGAUGGACAGACAAAAGGAGGAGGAUACACAGCCGAAUGAGUUGAUGAGUGAUGAUGAGGAGUAUGACGACAACAAGGUCAACCCUCACCGGCCUGAGGAGGACGAGGAAGAGACGAAAGAUCUGGACUUGGGAGAGGAUCUCAACCUGGAGGGAGAUCAGGAUAAAGAUCAGGACAAUGAGAAAGACAUGGAAACAGAGGAUGUCCAGGAACAAGAGAACCAAUCAGAGAAAGAUGAGGAGCAAGCGCCAGAGGCAGACCAGUCAGAAGACAAGGAUGGGGAUGAAGAUGGCUCACAGGAAACACCUGCUGCUGAAGCGGACAAGGACGAGGAGGCUGAGGAAGACACUGAGGUGGACACAAACACAGACGCACAAAAGCCGGAGGAAGAGGAGGAUGGAAAGGGAGAGGAGGGGGCUUCUGCUCAGGAAGAGGAGGACAAACCCACGUCCCAGCUGAAGAGAGACCAGGAAGAAGAAGCGGCCGAGCCGAGGCCGGGCCAGGACGGGGACUCUGCCCAGGAUGCCGGGAGUGCCACAAACCCAGAGGUGGACACAACGGCUGGAGAGGUGGACCAGGACACGCCCGCUGAGGACACGCAAGACAGGGACGGUUUGGGGACAGCCCAAGCAGAGGCUGAAGAGGGUCACACUGGGCAACGGUCAAGGCAGAGUGCUGAGACGCCCUCGGACGCACAGGACACUCAGAGUCAAAGAAAACCGGGUAAAUCCGACAGCGACCGAACCCUCGGCUCCCACGAUCGUCAGCACCGACGUCUCAAGACCACAGACGAGGCUCGUGAAAAACGUGAUGAGGCUGACGAUGAUGAAAAUGACGAAAAGGGUGAGAAGAAGGAUGAGAGACAUGCGGAGUAUGAGCACGUGAAGGACGCUCGGUCACAAUGGGACGCACAGACGGUUGAUACAGCCACUGCGGAGCAGACAGCUGACAAGCAAGCUGUACCUUCACAAGAGGAGGAGGAUGAGGAGGAACAGCUGAAGGCUGAUGAGGAUGUCAAGAUGGAGGAGGAGAAAGAAGAGGAGAUGGACGCAGAAGCACCGGAGAAGAGAGCGAAAAAAGCGAAGGAGUCGAAAGAACAGGACAGCGGUGAGACAAAGGAAGGAGGGGACGGGCAGGAUGGACAGGCUGUAGAAGUGGAGGGUGACCGCGUAUUGACCAUGACAGUCGACAGAGCCCCAGAGUCCAGCAUCCACACCGUGCUGGAACAUCUACACCUGGGAUCUCAGGUCUCUGAGUUGGACAUUGGUCAGUUGCGAGCAGAUCUGGAGCAGUGUGUCAGUCUGUGGUCUCAUCCAGAGCAAGAAGAUGAGGAUGUGGCAGCGGCAGCGAGUGAGGCGUGGCAGCAGUACCUGGCCGUGACGGGCAGCCUGGCACAGGAGUUGUGUGAGCAGUUACGUCUUAUCUUGGAGCCCUCGCAGGCCACCCAGCUCAGGGGAGAUUACCGCACGGGCAAGCGUCUGAACAUGCGCAAGGUGAUCCCGUACAUCGCCUCGCAGUUCCGUAAGGACAAGAUCUGGCUACGCCGCAGCAAGCCCAGCAAGAGACAGUACCAGAUCAUGAUCGCCGUGGACGACUCUUCCAGCAUGGCUGACAGCCACACCAAGCAGUUGGCCUUUGAAUGCUUGGCUCUGGUGUCGACCGCCCUCACUCUACUGGACGCUGGGGACCUGGCUGUGUGCAGUUUUGGCGAAGAGGUUCGGCUGUUACAUCCUUUUGGUCAACCUCUAACCUCUCAGGCCGGAGGUCAAAUCCUACAGCACCUGACCUGUGACCAGAAACAGACCAAAUACGGACUGCUGUUGGACAGAGCGCUCGCUCUAAUGAUGGAUGCUCGCAGAAGACAGCCCGGCUCAUCGGGGAACUCGGAGACUGCGCAGCUGCUGUUGGUGCUGUCUGACGGGAGGGGCGUGUUCCGAGAAGGCAUGGACACGGUGCGCAGGGCUGUCCGACGCGCGCGCGCAGCACACGUGUUCCUGGUGUUUGUUGUCAUGGACAACCCUGACCAGAAGGGAUCUUUGCUGGAAGCCAAAGUUCCUCUCCUGGAACCCUCUGGAAAAGUGCAGGAAAUCAAGCCGUACCUGGAGUUGUUCCCCUUCCCGUUCUACAUCAUCCUGCGGGACAUCAACGGGCUGCCUCAGGUCCUGAGCGACUCGCUCCGACAGUGGUUUGAGCUGGUCACCGCAGCGGACAGAUGAGACCAAGGGACCAAGUCUUUUGUAUAGAAAUAAAGUGUACUUGCGCGUACGCACUCAUGCAUGCUCGCUGGCACGCGUGCACAUACACACACACACACACACAAUACACACACACACACACACACACACACAGGCACAACAGUGGUUCGAGCUGGUCACCGCAGCAGACGGAUGAGAGCAAGGGACCAAGUCUUUUGUAUAGAAAUAAAGCUCACACGCGCAUGCAUGCCUGUACCCAUGCACGCGCGCAUGUGCACACUCACACAAACACACACACACACACACACACACACACACCAGCGGCAUAAAAAAAAAACUUCCAUUGUGUAGAUAAUUUACUUCUUUGUUGUAUUUUGAAUGGUAUCACAUAUGAAUAAUAGCACAUGUGUCAUUCAUUCAAUGAUUAGACACCAAUGAACAAUACCAUGUUAUUAUACUAUAUUAUGUCUUGGAUUGAAUGAAAAGACAUCAAUGGAUAAUGCCUACAUAGUUAACUAUUUAAUUAAUUUUUUUAAAAUUGUUUCACUAAUGAAUAAUGGCACAUAAUGCAUCAUUGAUUCAAUGAUAAGACACCAAUGAAAACUACCAUGUAAUGAUAUUUUUAAUUGAAUGUUAAGACACCCAAUGAAUACUACCAUGUAAUUGUCAUUAGCGCUAUGAUAAGAAACCAGUAGAGUAAAUAUAUGUUAUUGUUUCAGUUACAUUACACCAAUGAAGAACACUAUGUAAUUAUGUUAUCGGUUCAUUGUCAGGAAUUAAUGAAUAAUGCUAUGUAAUUAUGUCGUUGGCUCAAUGAUAAGAAAACCAGUGAAUAAUACUAUGUAAUAUGUCAUUGAUUCAUUGAUAAAACACCAAUGAAGAUUAGUAUGUACAUUUAUACGUGUUGUUUGGUCUGCUAAUGAAAUAACCUUCUCUGUGUCAUUGUGUAAAGAGUAAAAGUACGCGUGUAAGUCCUGCAGUAAGAUUGUGAGGGAUAAAUGUUCCAACUGUUAGAGGAUUUUGUUUUGUUUUGUAAGUCUAGGAGCUGUGUGGUUUUGAAUCGUUGUAUUUUUACAUGUAUUGUUGUUAUGGUUCUGUUUUUGAUUUGUAUUGUAAUGUUUUUGUUUUGUAUUGUUGUGUUUCUGUUUUGGAUUUGUAUUAUAAUGUUUAGGGGGUUCUUACUAAAGCUAAAGGAGAUUUAGUGAGGACUGCAGGAAUGUACUGUUAUUCCUGGAAGGUUAUGCUACAACCAAACAUUAUAACAGUAUUAGUAUUAGUGCUGAAUAAAUUGAGAUUAUGUAAUAUUUGUAUCACCAUUUUUGUCUUCACUGUGUAAAUAUCCAUGCCUUUUCAUUACAAUACCCAUGAAAUAUGAUGAUAUCCAUACAUUGUAAUACCCAUGCAUUGCAAUAUCCAUGUUUGCCGUUAUUAUUUUUUAUUGCUGGUUAUCCUUUUGGAAUAUAUUACUCAUUGUUUGGGAGAUGUUGUUUUGGUCUUAUUGCUAUAAUUUUGCUUGUUAAAUGCUGAUGGGGAUAGGAGCACAUCUCCAGUAGAAGUGAAUUUUCCAUUUUAAGAAAGUUACUGUGCUUAUCUCUUCAUUUCUUUUAUCCAGUUUGUGCAAGAAUAUUCAUUUUUGUCUGAAUUCAUGUUAUAUUUAAAAAUUAAACACUGCAACAAUUUUAUGUUUAAGGGAACCAUGUCUUUCUGGUAUAGAACUGAAUAAAGAUUUCCCCCCUAUGUUU